GUGGAGGAGGAAAGCGGAAGGGGAGGAGCAAAAAAUGGAAGGAGAUCCUUCGGUUCCCCCAUAUAAGCCAGUGCACUGAGCUGGGAAACAGCAUUGAGAGGGACUAUGUCAGCAUCUGUGAGAAACAGCCUAUCGGAUGGCUUCUCUUCCGUCUUUACUGUGAGACCAGACUUAAACUGCAACGAUGCAUCCAGCUACUGGACGCGAUGGAAGACUAUGAGGUGACGCCUGAUGAAAAAAGAAAAAGUCACGGAGACAGGAUCAUCAAGACGUUUCUCUCCAAACAAUCACCUCAGCCUGUAGACAUAGCAGAGGUUUUUGCAGACCAGUGCAGAGAGAACCUCGAGCUCAGUCCAUGUAAGGAGAUCUUCAGCAACUGCCGCAAGGCCGUCCAUGACUACCUGAGAGGAGCUCCGUUCGCUGACUUCCAGAACAGCAUGUACUUUGACCGAUUCCUGCAGUGGAAGAUGCUGGAGAGGCAACCGAUCACGAAAGACACGUUCAGACAGUACCGAGUGCUGGGGAAGGGGGGAUUCGGAGAGGUGUGUGCCUGCCAGGUCAGAGCUACAGGGAAGAUGUACGCCUGCAAGAAGCUGGAGAAGAAGAGGAUAAAGAAGAGGAAAGGAGAGUCCAUGGCUCUUAACGAGAAGCAGAUUUUAGAGAAAGUCAACAGUAGAUUUGUUGUGAGCUUAGCGUAUGCAUACGAGACCAAAGACGCUCUGUGUCUGGUGCUGACCAUCAUGAACGGUGGAGACCUGAAGUUUCACAUCUACAACAUGGGCACGCCGGGCUUCGAGAAAGACAGGGUCCAGUUUUACGCUGCUCAGAUCUCCUGUGGACUCGAACAUUUGCACAGAGAAUCCAUCGUCUACAGGGAUUUGAAACCGGAGAAUAUCCUAUUAGAUGACAAUGGACACAUCCGUAUUUCUGACCUGGGGUUGGCCAUCAAAGUGCCUGAAGGUGAACCCAUCAGAGGCAGGGUGGGGACUGUGGGCUACAUGGCUCCGGAGGUGAUAAACAAUGAAAAAUACGGCAUGAGUCCCGACUGGUGGGGGCUGGGCUGCCUCGUUUACGAGAUGACCGCCGGUCGAUCGCCCUUCCGUGCCCGCAAAGAGCGAGUGAAGCGGGAAGAGGUGGAGAGGAGGGUGCAGGAGGAAGAGGAGGAGUACAACGACAAGUUUACAGAGGACACCAAGGCCAUCUGUAGAAUGCUGCUGACCAAAGACCCUAAGCAGAGGCUGGGGUGCCUGGCGGACGGAGCAGCGGGCGUCAAGGCCCACUCGUUCUUUAAAAACAUCAACUUCAAGAGGCUGGAGGCUGGAAUAGUGGAGCCUCCCUUUGUGCCUGAUCCCCGGGCAGUGUACUGUAAGGACGUGUUGGACAUAGAGCAGUUCUCCACAGUCAAGGGAGUAAAUUUGGACCAAACUGACAAUGACUUCUACUCCAAAUUUGCUACAGGCUGUGUUUCCAUCCCAUGGCAGAAUGAGAUGAUUGAAACAGAGUGUUUCAGAGAUUUGAAUGUGUUUGGGCCUCAAGGGACGAGACCCCCAGAUCUGGACUGGAAUCAGCCACCAGAGCCGCCCAGACGCAGCCUGCUGGACAGGAUCUUCAGGAGACAUCACCCAGAGGUCUCUAUCUCCCACAGCCGUGUGCAGUCUUCCAGUGUAAACUCUGUGGACUCCAUGUCCAACUCUGCCCCCUAGUGGCACAGUGGCAGUGUGGGAGCCACACACACACAAAGGGAAGGAGCUCCGAGGGGCUUCCCCGCUGCUGAUUGGUCCACUGCCGGGGCCUGAGCAGCAGCCGGAGACAGCCUGUCUAAAAGCCUAAAUGGUCAGCCCAUAAGGGGGGGGUGGGGGGGGUUGACCAGGCCCUGAGACCCCGGGCAUUUGUAGUGGGAUGGUCAGAGACGUUUGGAAAUAUUCGGACAAACCUUACUUACCCUCAGGAUUGUUGGACUGUAGAACAGAGCCACUGACGCUGAUGAAAACCGAGAAGGAUAGAAAACAAGCUAAUAUUCAGGGGAUCCACUGUAUAAUAAAGACCACCACAGGGAAUAGAAGAUGGGGUCUUGGUGAAUUUUUCCAGAAAAGGAAUUUCUUUUUCACAAAUUUUUCAGUCCUUUACUUUCUGGCCUGUAUCUUGUACCCGUUUCUCUCCACCUAUCCAUCUGUCACCACACCUGUACAACUCAACAAUAACUUAUUCUUUCUCUGUAUUUCCACUUCCCAUACCUCAGAUCACUCCUAGACAUUCAGAACACAUCACCUCAACACAUAAUGUACAUUGCCUUUGUGUACACUCAGGCCAAAGAUUACAGUUUAGUUUUGUGAUACCGUUGUCAUGUUGAUUUUAUUGAAGGUUUUCAGCCGUCGUUUAGAACCAGAGGAGGAUCAGAGUGCGUGAUCCGUUUUAUACACUUUCUCUAAAUAUGAGCCUGCAUACAUAUCAUAUUGCUUAAAGCACACAUACAGUACAUACAUACAUACAUACAUACAGGAUAGACAUACACAGACUGAAUCGUGAGAAUCGUGUUGUGUUUUCAUUGCAUGGACAAGUGUAAGUAUGGACAGCUGUAUCCCUUUCGCUUCUGCAUACCUCAUUCCAUAGUAUAGCGUACAACACAGAGACGUCUCCCUCGGUUUACAGUGUCACUUUAUAUUUGACAUUAUGUGGAGUUUUGAAAAACAAAUUAAUAUGAUGUACAGAAACAGAAAUCUCUCCCUUAGUUAAUAUUUUUUUUUUUUUUUUUGCUCAAUUUUCUGCACAGUCCCCCGAUGGAGAGGAGAGGAACACAUGCACUCAGCCUGACUUACAAGUUGCACAAUUUCAAAUAAUGUCAUGCUGUUUCUUCACCAAAUGAAAAUGUUUUUACCUCUGAUCAUGAAGGCACAUUAUUGUAUUGAUACUGUCACGCUCCGCUUGUUUUCUACAUCCAAAACUAAAGUGUUCUUGUUCUCCUUAUGCCUUUUCCAUUUAAAAAAAAAAAAUCUUGCUGCAUAGCUGUUUGUUGUUACAUGUACAGGUUUUUUAUAUUUUGCCCCUUUACACUUAUGCUCUUCAAAAUGCCUCACAAAUCUAAAGGGUCUUCCUCCUGUUUUGUGUCCGACCAUGACCGAAGACACAGGGUAUCAAUAGCUACGUGAAAGGUUUUACCUUAUCUGAAUUUUUAUUUAAUCGCUCCAGUUCAUUCAUGUCAGAGCGGAGGAGGAGAGGAAGACGCCAGAGGAUCCUGCAAACACCACACAAAGAAGUGGCCUUCUCGCAGCAGCACAGACAAUUAAAAGGGAGGGGGAGCUCAAUCUCUUCUGCUUGUUUUUAAGAAUGUGGUAUUUGCCUAUUUGAGGUAGUGAAAGCUGGUCCAUGCAGUAAUUUUAAUUGUCCUUACCAAUCUGACACAAGCCUGUUUUUUUUUUCUUCUUUUCUCUACGUACUUGAUAUGAAAAGAAAAAAAAUCUGAAUCAGACUGAAGUGCCUCCUUGUUAGCAUGAUCUCCCAGACAAUGCCCACACAGACAUCAGCACUUUGUGUAUUCUCUGACUGUCGUGCUCUGUUUGUUUUCUGGGGAACGCGUCAACACACAAAUACACACAGACUCGCAGUUUGUUGGAAGGGAAGGGAAGGAAAAAGUUGAGGAUGGAGAGGAGAAAGUCAGUGAGGGAAUUCUCCUUCUUAAUGUGAUGUACAGCAGAGUGCUGAGUGCAUGUGAAAGCCAAACCCACUGUGUCCUUCAAGUCCCAAUAAACUCUGUGCUAUAG